AUGGGCUUCCACAACGGCGUUGAAGGCUACAGCAGGCUUGUUUUCACUGCAACAGAAGCACAAUUCAGCCUAGAGGAGGCCCUAGAAACAGCUUUUGACCAUUUCUGGGACCCCAGGAGCUUCCGGCAGGAUGCAGAGGAGGGGUUGGCUGGGGAGGAGAUGGAUCAGGACAUGGCAGAGGAGGACAUGGCAGAGGGGGUCAGUGCAGGGGAUCAUGAGGUCAGCAACACUGCAGAAGAACAAGAACAUGACAAGGCAGCUGCCAGCGUCAAGCCCAAACAGACACGUGACAAACUUUGUGCGCAUGCUAAAAAGAAGGCCAAGAAGGCCAAGAAGCUGCAGCAGGCAGCAGUUGUAUGGGAGGCAGUUCAGGAGAGCCACGUCAAAUGCGAUGUGAGGCGGAGUUGGGCACACACCAAGGUGUGGUGGCAGGAGAUGCGCGGGAAUGGGUCGUCCACCGCAGCAAGUACAAAGUGGUCACGGCAGUGCCAUGUAAUCUCUGCGGAGGCUAUCCAGUCAACAGUUGAACUGGACUGCUUGCCGGUCACAAGCACUGGCUACUCAGCACGGCGCAAUGAGACCAAGGCGGGUAUAGGACAGCACGAGGAGCCAACCCUGGAAAGUUUGAUUGAGCAAGGAUUUGAUUACAUGGAGUGGGAUGGAAUGACUGCUGUGCCCAUUCUCGACCAUGAAGGGAGGGUGAUUGCCCUUCUUGCUGGGCAUCCUGCAGAUGCAACCUGGCAUAAGGUCACAGAUGACCUAAUCAAUGACCUCAAGGCUUUGGAGAGAGAUUUCAAACUGGAGAAGAAGCACAGUGAGCAUCAACGAGGUGAUGUUGUUGCAGUGGACUUUGGGAUCUCAUUCAGUGGGGGCCAGACUGAACCGCGCAACCUCAGUCAGCUUUCCUCCAACAUCCCAGUCAUCGCCAACUUCAUUUGCUCCAAAGCUUGGCAGUGCUUCCAGCGAUUUGGCAGUUCUUGCAUGGAGACUUGA